AUGAACAAAGGUCGAAAUGAAGGCAAACUAGUUUUGUAGGAUAAGAUUAAACUAAUAAGAAAGGAAUAUGAUAUAUUUGCCUAUUUCAAAACUACUGGAUUUACUUGGAAUUUAUGGGUUUUUCUUCUAGACGUGUAUUGUUUUAUAGUAUAUAUGAUUUGGAUUGCUCUUUCGUAGUACCCGUAGGGAAUAUAAGGUGCAAUUGAAAUAUUUAUAGAGCUGACAUAUAUAAUUAACUUAAUUCUAAUUAUUAUGCUAAAUUCUAAGUAGAACAAUAAAGAUUACUAUUUUUUUUCUCAAAUCAGCUUUAGAGAAGUUAAUUCAGCUAUAUCAGCUAUUAUAAUGAUUCUUUCUUCUCUUCCUAUCUAGUUUACUCUUUAGUUGAUUCAAGGUAGUCAAGGUGUUGAAUUUGAUGACUAUGAUGAUGACCAAUAGUUGCUACCCACAAUAGUUAUUUUAUUGUAUUUACUGAAGCUGCUUCGCUACUACAAUAUUCAAAGAUUUUUGAAUAAAUUUGAGAAUCUCAUUAAAUAUCUUGAUUUCAAUAAACUUAUUUUUUUUAGAAUAGCUAGAAUAUUUUUUUGGCUUUUAAUUACAAAUCAUUUCUUAGCGUGCUAUUUUGUUUUUUUUAAUUAUUACAUAACAAAGGGGUAUUUUAGUAAAACUAGCUAUGAUGAGAGCAAUGGUUUUAUGAAAUAUUAAACUGGCUUGCAAUGGGCGGUAGAAGCUAUGAUUGGUUCCUCAUUUGGCGAUGUUGCGCCAACUACUGAAUGGGAAAUCAUUUUUACUAUUAUAGCUAUGGUUACAGGCAGUGUAUUCUAUUGUAAAAUAUUUUCUGAUUUAGAAAGGAAAAUUCAGAUUAACCAGUAGUUCUCACUGGAUGUCAAAUAAAGAUAAGAGUAAGUUUAAUUGUAUGCUAACUAAAGAUAAAUUCCUUAUAGAAUAUGGAAUAAAAUGUAACAAUUUUUCCACAGUUUUUAAGACGGUCAUAAGAUUAAGCUAUAUUAUGAUAUUUUAUAUGAGCUGCCUCAUUAAUUAGAAAUAGAGGUUUCGUUAGAUUAUAAUCAGCACUUGAUAUAAAGCGUUUAGAUAUUUAACUUAGGUUCUCCCUAAUUUGUGCAAGGAAUAAUAAAAAAAUUAUAUCCGAGAGUAGCAAUUUAGUAUGAUUAUUUAACUAGGCCAGGAGAACUUGCAGAAGAAUUUUUUAUAAUUAGCAAGGGAAAGGUGGAAAUAAUAGCAACUGAUAAAAAAACAAUAAUUGGUAUAUUAGAGGAAGGAGCUUAUUUUGGGGAAGUUGGCAUUCUCUUAUCUAAUUAUAGAUCCUGCUAUGUAAGAGCCAUGACAGAUUGCAUAUUUAUGUGCAUUUCUAAAGAUGAUUUUCUUUCAAUAAUAAAUGAGUUCCCAGAUAUGAAAAAUUUUUUACUCAAAGUUGCAUAAUAGCGACUGAAAAUAUCUAAGCCUGAAGAUGUAAGUUAAGGUCCACUUCCUUAUAAGCCAUAUUAAGAUGAAGACGAAAACAUAGAAUUCCAAAAUCUUACAUACAUCAGAUAGAGUACUAGAGGAUUGCUUGUUUAAAGGAGAAAGUCAUUUAAUUAGAAUUGUGAUAAAAACCAAAAAAUGAGCUUUAGUAGUAUUAACUUAGUUGAGGAUCAAUAAAAUGACAGUGACAAUUAUUUGUCUUAAGAGGAUAUAGACAACAAAGAGAGUUUAGAAUCACCUUUUGACUAUAAUUUAUUCAUAAAAAUAUAAAAGCAUAGAUAAAUUUAUGGGUUUUAAAUAAUUUUUGCUAGUGAAAACAUAAUUCUAGUUUGGUGUUCAAUAUUGCUUUUUGCCAUUUUUUAUAAUCUGUUUUACUGCAUUUUUACAAUUUGUUUUUACACUGAUUUAGAUGGAUGGUUCUUAAUUUUUUUAGAAGUUUUGAGCUUUUUAAUCUAUUUAGCUGAUUCAUUCAUUGUAUCUAGACUAUCUUCUUACAAUAAAAGAACUCAAACAUUUAACUAAGAUAUAGAAAACAUAUUUUUACAAUAUGUAAAUAACCAUCUGAUGUUUGAUAUAUUUUCUACAGUACCUUUUUCUGAUAUUUAUGAUUUAAUUGUUAACGGAGAAAACACAACAUACAGUAGAACAUUCGUAAGAGCACUCAGAUUACUCAAGCUCAUAAAAUUUUAGAGAUUCUAUUUUUACAUCAACAAACUUAAAACAGAAUACAACAAAGAGUAUAAAUAUUUUACAUUUUUAUAGCUAUUUUUCGGCUAUUUCUUCUUAAAUCACUUAGCAGCAAGCAUUAUGUACAGUAUUUGUAAAUUCGAAUAUGAGACUUCUAUUUACUAUGAUAAUGAAGGUAAUAAAUAGUUUUCAUUUAAAACUUUAUUUUAGUAAAUGGAUCUAAAUUCUAUACCUUCAAUGACACCACUUAUUUCACAGGGCUUCUUUAGUCUAUACGUUAACUUUUUAUACUGGUCUUUCUGCGUUAGUACUUAAGGAAGUUAUGGUGAUUUUUGGGCUGUAAGUCCUUUAGAGAAGACUUUCUAAAACUAUACAAAUAUUGGGUUUAAGAUAUUUAUUUCAUUUUUGUUUGCUCAAAUCGCUCAUUUAGGCUUGAUAGAAAAAAAUAUGUUUGCAACACAUAUGGAAAAAAUAGAAUCGUUCAAACAUUGGUCUAAGUAAAUAGGACUAUCUAACGAUUUAAAAAAGAGAAUAAAUAACUUCUACACUUAUGAAUGGAUUAAGCUAAGAGGCAUUGAAGAUGAAGAUUUGUCUAACAGCUAUCUACCUGAAACUAUCAAAGAUUAAAUUCUGCUAAAUGAAAUGAGAUUCAUAAUCAGUUUAGUGAAUCCAAGAUACAAAAUUGAGUACGAGGGAGUUAUAAUAUAAUUCAUUAAAUAAUUGACAAAGCUGCUAAUUCCGUGUGAUGAAUUUGUAUUUUAGAAGGGAGAUUUAGCUCAGGAAAUGUAUUUUGUAGCUGAUGGAACAGCUUAGGUAAUUAUUCGUGAUGUAAAUGGAUUGAAAGUUUUAGCUGAAAUACAUAAGAGCAGUUAUUUUGGAGGUUUAGAGUUGCUCAAAGAAUAACCUAGCAUAAGAUAAGCUUCAGUUAAGGCAAAAACAAAUGUUUGUUUGUAUGUUUUAACAUUAAAUGAUUACUUAAAUUUCAAAGAACACUAUCCCGUUGUAAAAGAGUUUUUAGAAAAUCUCUAUCCUUAGAAAGCUAAUGAUACAAAUGAAGAUUAUUAGGAUAUUUAUAUUGAGAGAGACUAAAUUUAAAAAACAAAGACUAUGAAAAUAGAUUAAGAUUAGGACUAGGGAUUUAAUAGAUUCCAUUCCUUGAAUAAUUUUAAGGGUGAAUAUGAAGAUUAUUAAAAUGAGAUUGAAUUAUCUGGUAUAAAAAAGUUAGAUGAUAAUGAGAUUUUAUCUAUUUUUCCUUCAAAUAAAUAAAUAUUAAUCAACUAGUAGCUCAUUAAAUCUAAUUCAAUUUACAGAGAAGCUAUCAUGUCAAUUAUUUAAGUCAGAUGCUCAAAGCAAGAAAAUAAUAAAUAAAGCUAAAAUAAUAAUGCUUUUUACAAAGCUAACAACCAAAUUGAAUAACUUCCUCUUACUGAGUCUAAUGAAGAAAAAAAAAGCUUCAGCUUUAAGAAUAUCUUUCUUAACAAAAAAAAUAACUCAAAAAAUGAUUAAAUUAAGGACAGUGCAGAUAAACUUAAAACAAAGAACAGCUAAUAAAUUUUAUAACAAAAUGACAUGGAAAACUAUAAUUUAAAAAUAGAUAUACUAGAAAGCGAAACAAAAAAUAUCUAAAAUUAGAAGAUUUAUCUAGCUUAAAAUCAUCUCUAAAAUAGUAGUUAAAAUUAAUUUUUAAAAGAAAACUAGUUUAACCUACAAUAAAGUUUGUAUAUUUUCCCAGAAUCUACUUCGAGCAAUAUUGAUAUAGCUUCCUUAAAAAUUACACCAAAAACAACAUUAGAAAGAUUCGAUUUCGAAAACAAGCUACAAAAUAAAGUUGUCACUCCAUCAAGUAUUACCAAUAGAUAGGAAUUAUUAACUAAGGAGCAAUAGAAAUAAUUAGAAGAAGUCAUGACUUUUUCUAAUUAAAUUAUUUUCAAUCAAGUAAACAAUAACAAUCUGUAUUUUGAGUCUGAAAUUGAAAACAAUUUUAAUGUGGAAAACUUAUCCUUUGAUCCAUCUGAGCUAAAUAUUCAAACAGAAAAAAUUGAAAUUAGUGAAGAAGAUUUAAAAAAAUAUUUCGAUACUGGAAGUUUAUCUUUAAUAGAUUCUGAAUCAGAGAAUAAUGUUUAUGAAUAAUAAGAAGCUAACAUUGAAUUCAAUUAGAUUCUUUGGCAACUUGAUAAAUUAAUUAACAAUUCAUAAUUUAUCUAGGAGGAAGAGGAAUAUAACAAUGAAAGUUAUUGUGAUCCAAAUAUUUUAAAAUUUAAUCAUGAAAAUAAUUUGGUGAAAUUUGAUGAGCAAGAUGAUAACUAAAAUAUUUAAAUAGAAAAAGGAAAUAAGAUUGUAGAUAGUGAAAACUUAUAAAAUGUAAUUGCAAUAUCAACAACUUAAGUUGAAAACUAGGAAAACGAGGGACAAUAAAGCUUUAUUCAUAUUCCAACUGAAGAUAAUUUAAAACCUGAAAUUAAUUAUGAUGAAUUUCUUUAUGAUUAUAACAGCUUUGAUUUUAAUAUUGAUUUGACUCAGCUUGAUUUAGAUUUAUCUGAAGAAAAAUCCUAACACAAAAUUAAAAAAAUGAAUUAAAUAAACUUCUAAGAAAGUUACCUUGCAUUCAAAAAAUUCCUUACUCAUUUCAAGAAUUCUACGUUCUAAAAUUUGAAGCGUUUUUAUAAUUCUUUUAAAAAUUUGGAGUAUUAAGUAUCUUUUGCAUAGUACUAUUACACAAUUUUAAUACCUUUGUAUUUAGCCUAUUCUGAUAUCACUUUUAGAAAUCCUAUUUUGAUUGCAAUAGAAGCUCUCAUCCUUAUUAUAGAAUUAAGAAAUCUUAAUAAAAGUAGAAUCACUUUAAAUUAAAUUUAUGAGGAGCUUAAAUUUUUAAAGCUUCCAGAUGAUAGCGUUUUAUAGAAAGGGUUUAGCUAAUACGAUAAAGAAGAAGAUAAAAUGAAAAGAUAAAAUCACUUAGAGAGUAGGGCUAUUUAUAGGAAAUUGUUGAUAGGGUAUUAAAUCGUACAAGCUAUUCCAUUUUCAUUGAUAUUUGAUUUAUGCCAACUAAAGGAUAGGAGAACUGAUUACUUUUUAAUAAUUAUUUAAAUGCUCAGAUGUAUUUCCUUUACAAGAAUGUUUAAUAUUCUUUCGCCUAUUAGGAAGAAAAAUAUUUAUCUUACUAAAGUCAUAGAGAUUAUAUUAACAUAUAUUUUUAUGAAUCAUGUUUUCUGCUGUAUUCUUAUAUUUUUAGGAAAUAUGGAGUCUGACUUUAAUAAUUCUUGGUUUGCAAAGAUACCAGCUCCUUAGCCAGAUUAUCCUAACAAUUAUAGAACCACCCUUAAUAUUUCUAAUGUUUCUAUUUAUAUACAUGCAACUUAUUGGUCUUAUGUGACAUGCUCUCAUGUUGGUGUAGGAGACGUUACAGGAGUAAAUAUAAGAGAAAGAGCUUACAGCAUUAUUAUAAUGUUCUUUACAACAUUUUUGCAUUUAUAUGUUUUCGGGAACAUCGCUACAAUCGCUAAAGAUGCAACUUUCAUAUUAAAGAAAAACCUAGACGAGAAGUAUCAGCAAGUCAUGUUUACAGUUAAAAAUAUCGAUCUUCAUAGAUUUUAGAUAUAAAUAGAAGCAUAUUUCAAUUUUAUAUGGAAUGAUUUUUUGGGUUUGGAUGAAAAUGAAGUCAUUAAAAAGCUUCCAUAUAUUCUAAAAGUCGAAUUUUUUAAGAAAAAAUACUCAUAGAGCUUGAAAUAGAGCAAUUUAUUCAAACUUAAUGGAUGGUAAAGAGAUUCUAAUAUAGAGAGCUAACUUCUCAGAUUUAUGCACACAAAAAUAUAUCUUCCUAGUGAUAUAAUUGCUUAAGCUGGAUAAACAUAUUAGGACCUUUACAUUCUCCUUCAAGGCAGAGUAGAAGCAUUUUAAUUUAAUGGAAUAAAGGCUUACGAUUUUUAAAUUGGAGAUUACUUUGGAGGAUCUAUAGAAGGAAAUUUACCUCUUUCUUGCUAUUUAUAAGCAUAAAUCAUUUGCAACGUUGGAAUAAUUCCUAAAGAGUCACUGAAACACAUCAAAGUAGUAUUCCCUGACUGGUACUCUAAAAUAAUGAGCAUACAAAAAAGAAAUAACUAGGAGUGGUUGUACAGUCUCAACUUUUUUUAAAAAAAACUUCCAUAAGAUCAUAUUCUAUUAACAAGUGAUAAUAAUUUUAUAGAUUAUUAAGUAACUUCUGAAUUACUAAAUCACUAUAAAGCUGUAGCAGCUAAUUUUUUGGAGUUAUAAGUUAUAGAAAGAAAAAAAGAAACGAAAACUUAAAAAGAUGCUAACAUGGACUUAUUCAAAGACUUUAAUUUAAUUGAUGAUGAUGAGGAUGAAGAAAAAGAUGAGAAUUAAAAAAAAGAAAAUGCUGAUGAUGAUAAUCAAAAUAACUAAAAAUAAGAAAAUAAAAACUUACAAAAGCAAUCGAAUUUGUUAAAUUCAUUGAGAUAAUAGGUUAGAAAGAAUACAUUUUACCAAAAUUAUAUUGGAUAUGUAGAAUAAGCUGAGGAUAAAUCUAUUAAAUCUGAAAAAUACAAAAAUUUGUUUAUUAUAUCAAAUCCUUAUGGAUAUGAGUAAGGAAAUAAAAUAAAAAAAAUGAAUAUGAUUAUAUUGAACUGGAAAUAUGUAUAUAAAAUAUUUUUGCUCUUUGAUUCUAAGUUUGACUACUUCCUCCACCCUACUUCAAAUGCUUUUUAUCAACUCUAAUGGAUGUCGAUGAUAUUUAGUAUUUAUAGUAUCAUUUUUACCCCAAUUUACAUUUGCUAUGAAAUAGAGCUAAACAACUACAUUUUCUUCUUUGAGGUUUUAAGUGCUUUCCAAUUAGUGGUGCAGCUCUAUAUUGAUAUCAAAACACCCUUUUAUAUUUAAGGAACUCUUGUUACAGAUACCAAAAAAAUCAUUGCUUAUAUGUGGAAAUCAAAAAACCUGUUGUAAAGAUUUAUUCACUUGCUACCCCUUAAUUUGAUUUUAUGGACGUAUUCGUUAGAUAAUAAAGAUAAUUUAAUAUUAUACUCUUUUUUGAGUUUAAUUAGAGGUGUCAGAUCAGUUUAUCUCUUUGAAGUCAAUAAUAUUUUGUAACGGAUUUCAUAACUAAAUAAAACUCAAUAAAAGCUUUUUGGUAUUUUUUAAAGUGUUCUUUAUCUUGUCACUUGCUGGCAUUACAUCUCUUGCAUUUGGUUUUGGUUUGUUUUAAACAUAUCUCAAAGGUUUGUGCCUGAUUCUAAUUGGAUAGUUGCUAAUACUUUGUAUGAUGCUUAGCUAAAUGAAAAAAUUAUAAAUAGCAUGUUUUUUGUGAUGAGCAUAGCUACAACAUGUGGAUAUCCAAGUAUGAAAUCUAAUAAUGAUUAUGAAAGAGUGUUUUUUUUCUUAACAAUUUACUUUGGUGAUGCUUUUAUUGCUUAUGGUUUUGGUAAGCUGGCUUCUUAAUCUGAGCUAUUAGCUGAAGUCUAAUUAGAAAUUCACUCAAAAAUAAUGUAAUUUAGAAUUCUGUUAAGCGAUAUAUAUGACAGUAAAAAUAAAACACAUGACUAAAGAAAUAGGAGAAUUGAACACUACUAUUUAUACAAAUCAACUACUCAAGUUUCUGCAGAAUAAGAUUUGUUACAGAUUAUGCCUUUAAUUCCUUAUACUUUGUAUGAGUAGCUAAUGUUAACAAGUAAAAUGAAAUUCUUGUAAAAUAUACCUAUAUUAUACAAAUUGACAAAAUCAGUUUAUUAUAAAGAAAUAGCUCAAUAUAUUGAGCGCAAAGUAUUUUUACAAAAUGACUAUAUAAACGUAAAGAAUAGCACUGAUUCUGACUUAUAUUUUAUCAGUAAGGGAACUGUUAAAGUAUUAAGCCCAAAAGAAGACUCGAUUUUACUAACACUAAAAGAAGGAGAUGUUUUUAGCAGCAUAACCAUGAAUAAAGAUAACAAACUUAGGCUCUGUAAUACAUUUUCGAGUAAUUUCACUGAAGUCGUUACUAUUAAAUUAGAGCACACUCAAAAGUUGUUUUAACUAUUCCCAGAAUUAAAAGUAGAAAUAGUACAGCAAACUACUAAGUAAGGUAAAAAAAAAGGAUACACUUUGAAUUUGAUUUCAAAUUUAGUUAAUUAUACUGAUACAAAGAUUGGUUAGUUAGGUUUAAAGAGGGUUGAGUCUAUCCUUAGCUGCUUUAAGCUUAAGUCGUAGUUAAAACCAGAAUUAAGAAUAGGAUUGACAAAUUUAAGAAGGCAAAUGAUUGCAGUUAAUAGCAACAGUAGCAAGAGAAAUAGUAUUAUUUCAAGGAAUGAUUCUUAAAAGGGAGGAUACAGCUUAAAUAACAGUUCUCAAACUCCUACACGCUAAAAUAUUAAAUAAGAUACUGAAAAUUAGGAUAGGACCAAUAAUUCUCUAAUACUUGAAGCUGAUGAUAAUAAUUUUCUUAGACCAAAAAACCAUUAAGUUUAAAGAAAGAGUAUUUUUUCAAAAACAAAUAAUGUGUUAAGUAAUUUAAACCAACCAGAAAAUUCAAAUAACUCAAGUAAUAAGGAUAAAAAUUCACCUCCUAGUAAUCCAUUUCAAUAAAAUAACCAAGAUUUGUUAGAAAAUCCUAUUAGUCUUUCCAAUAAGAUAAUUUUGUCUCCUUUGAAAGCAAGCUCAUCUCAUAUCAGCAAAUUUAAAAAUAUAAUGUUGAAAAAGCAAGACACAGACCCCCAAAGCAAAAAAUAAGAAGAAAAUACCCCAGAUCAGUUAAAUACAAACUUAAACAUAUCAUUAAAAUAUUCGCCUAAAUUAGAUAAUUAAAAAAAUUAACAAGAAGAUAACAUGCUUAAGUCAUAAGUUUUAAAACUUAGCUCGCCAUAGCCUACAGGAGUUAGCAAGCUUAGAAACCUAUUUUUGAAGAGAGAAAUUAUACCAGAAAAUUAAAAUACAGCUUUACAAAAAGAGAAAAUCACUCAACAAAUGAUAAAUUCAAAAAAGCAAUCAAAGUUCUUUAAACUAUUAGAAAAAAUUGAUGAAAGAAGAAACGGAAAAAGUGAAAUUUAAUCACCUGAUUUUGGUUUCCAAAAUAUUGAAAGCUUAAGCAAUAAAAAAUAAUUACUGGGUGAUAGUGAAGUAGAAGAAGAAACUAAAUCUUUGCUUGAAGAAUCAUUUUCAUCAUAUUAGGGAAACUAAAUCUACUAUAGCACUGAGGGUUCUUAACAAAAUAUAUCAAGCAAUUCUGAUAAUGAGGAAAGCAAUUAAGAAGAUGAACUCAAGAAUGCAAUUGAUAAAAUAAAAUUAAAAGGUAUUUAAAAGCCUCUCAAGAAAUUUAAUUUCAGAAAAAAAUAUUUGCAAAAGUAAAAGAAUAUUUCGCCUAUGAACAAAUAUGCACAAUUAUACAGUAAACUAUCAAAAAAUAAUCAGAAACAGCCCAAAGUGAAAAGCAUCAAACAACAAAAUAAUGAAAUUUUCAAUAAGAAAAAAAUAUAUUUAUUAUUCAGUAAAAAUAAAAAUUUUAAAAUAGUUAAAUUAAAUAGUGAUAAGGCAGAUUCAAAUGCUUUCUUAUCAGACUCAGAAAUAGUUCAAGAAAAUGAAAACAACUUUAACAUUCCCACAUAUGGUUCAAGAAGAAUGGUGAUAGGAAAUCACAAGAUUUAAAGAAGAUAUUCUAGAAUUGGUUUAAGUAAAAUGACUCAGCUCUCCUUACUCUCUAACUCAAGUUUAAGGUGGGGAUCAUAACUAAUUAACCAAGCCUAUGAAUACAAUACUAAGAGAAUUAAUAACUUUAAUGAUUGA